UUGGUGACUGAGGGGGCGGUGACUGAGGCGGCGGCGGCCCCGAUCGCUGUGCGGCUCCUUGUUGGCGUUCCGGGGCUCGGGAAGUGGUUUCGGGCGGGGAGGCCGCUUGGCAGUGCCCGCGUCCCUCUCUGCCAAUGUGCGGAGGCGCGUUGGCGCGGUCGGCCCACCGUUGCGAAUCCCGCUUCGGACGUUAACGGCUGGGGCGGCACAGGGGGCCCGUCCGCGGAACCUGGAAGGUCACGGGCACCCGCGGCUGUCGGGGCGGCGGGGAGAGCCCUGUAGAUAGGAUCCUAAGGCGCGGAUCCUAGAGAGAGUCUAGGCUGUCAGGCUCCUGCCGCUCACUCCUCAGGAGCCGGCCCGGGGGUCUGGGCGUCCAAGUUUCCUCAGUUCUCGCCGGUCUUUCUCCACACAGCCUCAUGAAGCCAGAGAUGGAAGGGACCGGGAAGCAGCCCGAGAAGGGCAGGAAGAGGAGGCGGGCCCCGAACAAGGUGUUCGGGGCGGCCCAGGCCAUGAGAACCCGAUGGCGUCUCCAGGAGAGGCUGCCCGAGACCAAGAAAGCCUGCUUAUCUGCCAUUUUAUUUGCUGAAAACUGUGAAGUAACCCAUGACCAGCUAUGUGAAUUACUGAAGUAUGCAGUUCUGGGCAAAUCCAGUGUUCCUAAACACAGCUGGUGCCAGCUUUUUCACCACAACCACCUGAACAACCUGAACAAUGUGGUGGUUUUUGUUCUGCAGGGAAUGAGUCAACUGCACUUUUACAGGUUCUAUUUGGAGUUCGGAUUUCUCCGAAAAGCAUUUAGAUAUAAAUUCCGCUUGCCUCCUCCAUCUAAUUUUCUAGAUGAUAUUAUUGGGUUGAAAAAGAAACAAACAACUGGAGAUCUGUCCAAGGCACUGGAAGGGUCUUUAUCUUCUGCUGGUUCAAAAGCCAGCAUCAACCUGCAGAAUGACCCCAUCAUUCAAAAGUAUGGCUGUAAGAAAGUGGGCUUGACCAGAUGCCUUCUGACAAAGGAGGAAAUGAAAACAUUUCACUUUCCAUUACAAGGUUUCCCUGACUGUGAAAACUUUAUACUUACCAAGUGUCAUGGUCCUAUAACAGACAACAGUCCUCUCUUUGGACUUCACUGUGAAAUGUGCCUCACAUCCAAGGGUAGAGAACUAAUGCAUAUCACACUGGUUGCUGAAGGAGGCUGCUGUGUUAUGGAUGAACUGGUCAAACCUGAAAACAAGAUUCUGGACUACCUCACCAGCUUUUCGGGAAUCACUAAGAAGAUUCUUAACCCAGUGACGACCAAACUCAGAGAUGUACAGAGGCAGUUAAAAGGACUGCUUCCUCCCGAUGCUGUGUUAGUGGGUCACUCCUUAGACUUGGAUCUCAGAGCAUUGAAAAUGAUACAUCCAUAUGUUAUUGAUACAUCAUUGCUUUAUGUCAGAAAGCAGGGCAGAAGAUUUAAGCUAAAGUUCUUAGCCAAAGCUAUUUUGGGGAAGAAUAUACAACAGUGUCCAGACAGGCUUGGUCAUGAUGCCACAGAAGAUGCUAGAACAACCCUUGAAUUGGCUCAGUAUUUCCUUAAGUAUGGCCCAAAGAAGAUUGCAGAACUAAAUCUGGAGGCACUAGCUAGUCACCAAGAACUUCAAGCAGCAGACCAAGAGCUAAGAAAUACAGCAGAAGUAGUUCAGCCCCCAAACACAAGUAUUUUAGAAUGCCUGGACUCAAUGGGUCAGAAGCUCCUUUUCUUGACCCGGGAGACAGACAGUAGUCAACUUUCUUCUUCCAGAAACUGUCAAACUAUUAAGUGCCUUUCAAAUAAAGAGAUUCUUGAGCAGGCCAGAGUGGAAACCCCCCUAUUUCCCUUCAGCAUUGUCCAGUUCUCUUUUGAUCCCUUUUCACCCGUCCUCACUGAGGAGAUGAAUAAAAGGAUGAGGGUCAAGUGGGCAGAAAUAUCAACUGUCUAUGCUGGGCCAUUUAGCAAAAAUUGUAACCUUGGGGCUCUGAAGAGGCUGUUUAGGAGCUUUGGCCCAGUUCGGUCAAUAACUCUUGUUCUUGAAACCCAUCAGCCUCAUCUCUGUAUACAGUAUGAAGUCCUGGAAGCUGCGCAGCUGGCCAUAGAGUCCAUGGAAAGCAUUCUGGUAGAAGGUACCUGCAUCAAGGUGCGGAGGCCUGUGACAGAGCUCACCCUUGAUUGUGACACCCUCGUGAAUGAGCUGGAACAAGAGUCUGAGAACCGAGGUACUAUUUACCUGUAUGGAGUGGGCGAAACCUUCAAAGAACAACUAUUGCAGCAGUCCAACCUCUUCCCUGGCCUGGAAGCUGUGAUCUUGCCUAAAGAUCUUAAUAAUGGGAAGCAGAAAAAAUACUGUUUCCUGAAAUUCAAAACUUUCGGCAUUGCCCAGAGGGCCCUCAACAUUCUCACAGGCAAAGAAUGGAAGCUAAAAGGCAGGCAGGCCCUAACCCCCAGGCACCUGCAUACAUGGCUCAGAGGCUUACCACCUGAAUCAAGACAACCCACAGAACUUAGUGUCAUUCCUCCUCCCUCAGAGCAGGAGUUGUUGCAGGUGAGUGAGUGAGAGAGUGAGUAUAUCUUGGGUUCAGAGGGAAAAGGCAGCUUCCCUGGUUUGCUGGCUCUGGGCCUUGACUUUCUGUUUCUGGAAAUUAGUCAGUAGAGGCCUGCUCUGUGACACUUAAUCCAAUCCUUUACUCUUUUUUUUCCAUGCCCUGGCCCCCUGCCUUAUUUCACUCUCCAGCUUCUUCCAGCUCUGGCCACGUCUGUUUUAUCUCCCAGAUCUCUCAUACUUUUGACCCCUCCAUACCUGCUAAAAUCGGGAUUUUAGUCUUCCAGGUGACUGUCCAAGGGACUGAGGGACCAAGACAGGAGGUCGGAGGACUGGACAAGUCUUUAGUGUCCUAGUGUAGGGUUUCCCAAGGUGUGGUACACAUACAAGAUAAAUUUUGGUUGUUGGGCCGGCCCGGUGGCGCACUGCUACAGUGCACCGCUUGGGAGCAUGGAGGCGCUCCCGCC